AAGCCGUGGACACGAGGUUCGCCGAGCGUCGCCACGAGGCGUGCCGAGCUUCCACGACGCUGGCGUCCCGACGUCGGUGCCCGACGAGAGGAGGAGGAUCAGUGUACCGCGUAACGUCGUCGAACGUGCGUCGUCCGCGUGCCGUCGCCGUCCAAUUCCCCUCCUUUUUGUAUCGCGCUUCACCUUUACGCGAUCGAGACAUGUGACGGGAAAGAAUUUGAAAGAUGACGGGUGAAUCGUUGGCAGCGAUCACGUAGCAAGUGGAAAACGCGAGCCUGUGCCUCGAACAUAAUAUCGUACGUUUUGUAGGGAACUUGUGCUCGGACGAAUCGAAAGGGAUCUCGAUUUUUCGAAAUUAAAAAAACAUUUCUUUUACUCCUUCUUAUUUCUUUUCUCUUUGUUUUUGAAGAAAGAGAGUGAGAGAUCGACGAGAGUUUCGUUCCCUCUUUAUCUUAUGGCUGCUCUUCUUUCGUCGAGGAUUCUUGUCCGGUAGCGAAACGAUGCGAAUUUUUACGAUGGUUUUUUUUCAUGGUUACUCGAUGAGAAAAAUAUGAGAGCGCACGUCGAUGCUUUGACAAUUUAACAAAAUGUAAAUACGAUGUUGCCAGAGACAAGGAGAAAUCGUUGGGCAGAUCUCUUGGAAACCUUGAUUCGAAAAUCGACCCGCAUUCGGAGGGAAAAAGUAAAUUCGAGAAGAGUAAAUUUUUCGGUGAAAAGUAAUAGAAAAAAAUAAUGAAAUUUUCACGAUGCAUCCAAGCUAUUAGAAUUUCGAGCGUGCGAAACUUGACGACGCGAAAAGUGCUUUGCCGCUUACUACGCGCGUGUCACAUGCAACAAGCAUCGUGACGAUUUGGAAAAUAGAAUCUCGUGUCACGGUGAUAACGAGAUUGAUAUAUAUAAGAAGGUUUAUUCCUUGAUAAAUAUCGAGAAGCAACGAGAUGACUGUUUCCUUCCAUCGAGGGGAGCCAGGAAGGUGGGAGAUCGAUCUAAUUUCCGCCACGAUAAAACCCCAUAAACAUCCUCGUAUAACGAGGGUGUUUGCAGAAACGGACGAGGAUCGAAUGUAACAGUCGUAAAUUUCUCCAAUUUAUCGAAUUAUAAACUUUCUCGAUGGAUGGAUACGGAUUUCGUUAUCGCGUUUGAUUGAACGUUUUCCCAAUUAAAUUACACAAUACCGUGAAUUUGAAAUAGUUCUAUAUAAGGAAAUCGAAGAAUUCAGGAGAUCUAUCGUUGAACGAAAUUGAUAUUGAUUCGAACGUUUAAAAGAAUUUUCCAUCGAAUCGUGAAAUAGGACAAUCUUUUGUCCAAUUUCAAUCGCAAGGAUCGUAUCGCUCGAUUAAACGAUAAGAUUCGAUCAAAACAGAUACGACUCUUCUUCGAUUUUAUUCGUUCCUAUUUUGGAAAAAAAAAUCGAGCAAGCUCUCCCUAACGAAUCCUUCGAUUUCAAUACUAAACAAGACAGAAGACAGAAGCGUGGUUCGCGAUAAUUCGCGAAAUUGAUUAUCGAAGCUCGGUUAAAAACAAAAAAAGUGUGCACGCGCAAAGCUUGAUCUCCUCCACUUAACGGUUGCGGUUGAAGCUCGAUAAACGUGUUGUUUCCCCCGCCGCGAGUGGAAGAAUAGGAGGAAGGAAAAAAAAGGAGGAAGAGGAUCGAUACAUAGUUUUCCCUGAUAAAGGCUUUUUGUAGAACGCCGUUGAAAACGUCCACGGAUAGGCUGUAACAUUGUAAUAAAGAUUUAAUUCCGGUUAAGCGGAGAGGAGUACAAUUUACAAUGUGUACAUACUCUCUUGUCAUUAUCAUUCGAUCUGUUAAAUUUUUCGAAAUUCGAUCACGUCUUUUUCUUUUUCUUCGAGAGAACCAAUUUUCGCUACUCUCGAUUUCUUAUUUAUUUUCCAUUCGAUGCGUUUUUCGCUCCCCGCGAAUUUUGCACCGCACGAAAAUUCGAAUCGAUAUUUCGAAUAUAGGAGCAGGAUCCAGUGUUUGCCAAUUUUUUUUUUUUUUGAUAUGCAUAAAAUUUUAACAGGGAGAAAAUAUUGUGUAAUUUGUAUACAAGAUGUAUCGGUGAAUAUUAAAAAUAUUAAAAGUCAUGGCAAAUAAUUAAAAAAAAGUUUAUCGGAAAUAUACAAAAUCUCCGAUACUUGGGACGUUAAAUUUCAAUUUUCGCAGAAGAAUUAAAAAAAAAAGAAUUGCAAAAAAAAAAGAAUCUCUCGAGAGAAUCAAACUUUAAAAAGAAAAAAACUUUAUACGUCGCACGAUCCUUUGAAUCGAGAUCUCGUUCGAGUCUUAAAGCAAACGAGAGCGUCGCCACGAUUCACGAUUAACGAACAACCACGGCGCGGAACACGCCACAUGUUGCUUCUUCACAGAGUUCGAACUUUCGCCCGUACCGAGUUUCCCCAAAGACGAAGCGACUUUUCCACGAAUCGUUCAACGCGUUCUCAUCGUGUCGAAACUUUUAAUCGAACCCUGCCUCAAUCUCGGGAGGGGGGGCAAGAAUCGAGGCGGAAACACCCCCCUCCUCCACCUCUCCCCCUAUUCUUACUUACUAAGAACAAUCAAAAAUCCUCGCCAAGGAAAUCGUCCCUCCUGCUAAUUUCUUUCUUUCUUCGACCAAUCGUCGUCUCUCCAAAUCUCGUCGUUCCAAAAGGGAGGAAAAAGUGAACCAAAAAGUGCCGCUACGCCAAGUGCUCACCUCGAUCAAAGGGAAAAAAAGAAGAAGAGAAACUAUGAAUUGAAAGUGGAUCGAUAAAAAAAUUCCCAAGGCGAGGAGGCGAGUUCGUUGUGUUUUUUUUUUUUUUUUAAAAGAACUGUAGAGACUGUACAUCGUUACACGGAGGAUAAAGGGAGAGAAACAGGGAGAAGCUCGUUGGAAGGAAUUGGUCGGAAAGGUUUUCGAGAGGAAAUCGUGGAAGGAUCGCUGGAAAGAUGUCGGAUAACUCUCUACGCCGGAAGACGAGGUCGGCCUCGAUCUGCGCCCCUGGAUUCUCCAGCAUGGAGCAAAUGUUGGAGGCGAUGCCUCCCUCGGGCGCCAGAGAGAGGGACAAAGUGGACAGGGAGAAGGACAGUGGGAGCGGUACUCCCGACGGAAGUACGCCGACCAGGAGGCGCAGACCGGCGACCAGGUCUCAGAGCGCUCGUGUUUCCGGCGCGAAUAAGAGCAUCCGCCGUCGAGCGGCCGCUCAAGCUGCGCACCAUCACCAUCAUCAUCACGAAGGGACGGUCAAGUCCGCUCAUUGCAGCAGCGAGCCCAGGUUGACCGACAAUGACAUCAGCCCCGGCCUCAGGAGAAGGGGGAGUCGAAGAGGACAAAGUAUGCAUCACAGCCAUCACAGGAAGAGCAACGCGUUUCUGGACGUUCCUGACACCUCGUCUCAGAUGCCCUCGAGGGAAGAGGGCGAGGACGAGGACAGUUACAGGCUCAGAAGCUUCAGUCUCACCAGCAAGGGUAUCAUCAACAGGGGCGAUUCGUUCAGAAGAAGAAGAUCAAGAUCGAACUCGCUCGCACCCACGGAUCCUGAAGGCGAGGAAAAGAAUUCGGUUCCUGCGAAGGAGAUCACCUCGUACACGGUCGCGAUACUCGGGGCGAGGGGUGUCGGAAAAACCGCCCUGAUCAGCCAAUUCAUGACCAGCGAAUGCAUAAACGCGUACGACAGGCAAAGAGACGUACCCAGCGAGCAAUCCGUUUUCGUCAUGCUGAACGGCGAGGAGAGCGAGCUCAGAUUCCUCAACAUCUCGAACCCGAAGACGGAAUUGGAGAAGAAUCUGGAUGCCUUUGUCAUUAUGUAUUCCGUGAUUGAUAAGGCAUCCUUUCAGAGAGCGGAAGAAUAUCUGGAACGUCUUCACGACCAGGAUUUCCAUCGAGGAAAAUCGACUAUAUUAGUCGGUAACAAAGUGGAUCUGGUUCGAUCAAGGGUAGUUUCUUCCCAAGAUGGCAAGUGCAUGGCGUGCACCUAUCGGGUGAAGUUCAUCGAGGUCUCGGUCGGGAUCAACCACAACGUGGACCAUCUGCUGGUCGGUAUCCUGAACCAGAUCCGCCUGAAGAACAGCAGCAACGUGUCGGAGAAUCGGGGUGGAAACGGAACCAGCGAGGGUGGCGGCCACUGGUACAAGUCGAGGGGUGUGGUUCGAGCGAGCAUGAAGGCCAGACAGAUGUUGACGUGGCUGUUCGGCAAAGAGGACAGCAAGUUCAAGAACUGCGAGAACCUUCACGUCCUCUAAGGAUGGACCGAUCGAUUCUUUCUUUUUCUCUCUCCCUCCCCUCUCUCUCUUUUCUUUCUUUCUUCUUCUUCUUUUUUAAUCUGUGGUCGUACCUGAGGACGUAGAGUGUAAGAGCUACUUGGUACAAUAUCCUUGACGAUAUGGUUAAUCCACGAUACUUCCAGAAAGAAAUGCAAACGAAAUCUUGUUUGCGUGCCAGGGAUUGGUAUGAUUGGAAUUUGAUCCGAUGGAAAAGGGAGGGUGAGAUUGAAUUUCGUUCAAGGGGGUAGCAGUCUCGAUACGGAUGGCCAAUUUGAUUAUUAAAUAUUCAUGGAGCGAUUCCUUUUGUUUCGUGGAGAGACUAGCGAAAGAAAAACAAUUCUAUCGUGCUUAUAUCUCUUUUAUUUCGUUUCGAUGGAAAAAUUUUUAGGGGGAACUGGCUUCUGAGGAGAAAGAUUUGAAAUAUUUGGCUCAAGGUGUAAUUGUAUGGCGUGUUGUAAAUAAUAAGAUUGUUGAUAAAUAUACGUAAAUAUGAUAAAGAAUUUUUUUAAGUUAAUUUUAUCUUCUAUUGUUGUUAUGAAUUCGACAAAUUGGCCAUUCAAUAAUCACGAGAUUGGAAAAUCUGGAAAAUAUCGAAGUGCGAUCAAAGUGCCAAUUAGAUCAAACGAACGUUUGUUUCCCUUUCUCGGCGAUUAAUUUUUAAUUAAUGUUAGCUUUUAAUAACUUCCAUCGAGGAUUCGCUCGAUAUCUAUCGUAAUAUCUCUAAGAAUAAGUUUGUUAAGUCGCCUGUGUUGGUAUUCGUUAUACGCAUACGCAAGACAAAUAUUUACAUCUUUGGUGGUUCUUCGAGGCAAAAUUUAAUGUACACACGAUUUGAUUAAUCCUUUGAUAAUUCUUUCAUUUCUAGUCACUUCCUUCGUAAAAUAUUCAUUUAUCUUUCUAUCUUUAAUAAACGCGAAUUGCGAAUUGAAAAUUGUGAAAAUAAGAAAGAAUAAUGAGUAAUAUAAAUUAUUUAAUUAUUGCUCGGUAAUUUCUUUUGUAUUCAAUAAAAGAUUACAAUUUCAAAUGGCUAUUCUGGUAGGCCAGAAGAAAUUUAAAAUAAACGAGGAUUUAAUCGAAAGAAAUGUAGUUGAAGGAUUAAUCGAAAGGAAGAACCCUCGAAAAAGACUCGAAAAAAAGUCGAAAGAUUAAAAAAAAUAUAUAUAUAUAUAAGGGAGAAGAUCAAGAAGGAGUUGAAAUCUAGUUGAUACGAAGGAAUUUAAAUUGGACCAUGGCAUGAAUUAGCGGCCAAUAAUGUUACUGUCGUUAAUUGUACAAUAAGACCAAUCUAAUCUUCUUAAUCCGAAUUGUAUAUACUGAUAAGUUUAACGAUAACAGAUCUGUGUAUCUAUAUAAGAGAAAAGGGAAGAAAAAGAUGAGAAGGAAUACAAAGAAAAAAAAAUAGGAAAGAAGAUGGAGAAGUUAGAUACGUGUGUUAUAUUAUUAUAAAUAUAAAUAAAAAUGCACUCCCUUUUAGAAGACUUAGGACUUUUUCUUAUAAUUCUGAUAUUCGAUAUAAAUCAUGAAUUUUAAUAAAAGUAUCGAAAUAUUGAUCAUCGAAUAGAGAUUUUUACGAUGCAAUGUGAAUAUGAAUUAUAAUUUUCUCUUAAAAACAGUGUACUAACUGAUAAAAAGCUACGAUCGACGUUGAUAAUGACAGAUAGAAUAAAUGUCCAAAGACUUUUAAGCGGGAGCGUAUAUGUCUACACGCAUAUACAUAUAAUUAUAUUCCUAAUGUACGAUCAAGCAUAAGUCUACGUUAGUUUUGUGUAGAUGUAUCGUUAAACGAUUGACGUGUUGCUGUAUUGCGUGUUUUCCUUAAAAAAGAACGGGUACUAUGAAGAAUAUUCCUUUUUUCUGGGAGACAUUUUACUAAGAAAAAGAACAUAUGUACACAUACGCGCGCACAUAUAUAUAUAUAUACACGUAUAUUAUCCAUUGUCUAUUUUCUGCGAUCUCUACGCCUAUGUAUAUCCGAAUUACAUAUGUAUAAAUAUAUAUAUAUAUAUACACGUAUAUAUAGGGUGUCAGGAAAAAAGAUGGUUCAAGAAUCUACUCGUGUAAUUUUAAUUAAUUUAAUUAACUCUUUUGGGAAAAAGCAACAAAUUUUUGUUAUUAUUAUUAUUAUUAAUUUUAUUUAUUGUACGCCAUCUUUUGUAAAUAGCUAUAUAUGAUAAAAUAAUAAAAUUCUUUUGUGUACAUAGUUCUCCAUAAUUUUUUAUUUUUUAUCCUUUGUUACGUGUUUUGUUUUUUUCUUUCUUUUUUCUUAUUUUUUUUAAAUUAAAAAUGAAUACAUUCUUGAACCAGAUUUUUUGAACACUUUGUAUACCUAAAACAGUGUUGUAACAAGUAUAGUUCGAGCGGGAUAUCCAUCUCAGGGGCCAAGCUGCAAGGCUGUAGAACAAAAAGAAAUGAAGUGGUUCAUACGUUUAAAUAAAAAUUGAAACAAUUUAUAACCUAUUUUAAGAAAUGUAAUAUUGGAAACAAUCGAGAAUAAUAAAAAGUGAUAUUAAUUCACAAAAAAAAAAUAGUUAUAGGGAACAGUAUUACAUUUUCUAAAAAUGAUUUAAAGUGUAAUUAAAUCGUGUUUCGAAACGAGAUAUUAAAAAUGGAUUUUACUACGUGUUAUAAUAUUAAAUGUGCAAGCUGCAAUCGUUUCAAAGUAAUUAGUGAAGUCAAUGAGAUUUCAAGUUUGGUUAAUUUGAUAGAUGGAAAAUAUUAGGUUAGAAAAAGACAAACUUUCAAGUCGACGAAAAUUUGGAUGAAAUUCAAGAUAGAUAUUAAGUUUGAGAAGGACGAGUAAAAGAAAUUCUUAUUUUAAUAAUUCAUAAUCUUCUUCCAUCUAAGUAGAAUAAUUUGAAAUGAAAAAUAAAUUUGAUGAUUAAUUUAUUAUUAUCUGAGUAAUUGAACUCGCGAACAAAAGAUUGUGAAAAUCAAUAGCAAUAUAAUCAUAAAUCUUGAAAGUAGAAUAAGAAUCAAAUUGAAUGUGAAAUUAAAUCAAAAUAAAAAUCAAAGGAAAUUAUGUGAUUUAAGAAAUAUAUCCUCAUAGAUCGCGAGGCUAUCUUCUUACAACACUGUAAAAAAAAAAAAAAAUUAAAAGCAAGAAUGACAAAAGAAAAAAGAGAAGAACGUAAAAUUAAAAACGAAAAAAUGUAAAAUUUAAAUGAAAAUUAUUUCUUUGCCGAUAAACUUUGUUCGAAAAUGGCGAAUUAAUGAUAUUGUCAUCGAUCGUUUAAUUUCCUCUAUCUUUUAUCAAUUGCGAAACGUAAGGUAUUAUCGGUUUGUAUCAUUGUUGCUAGUAUUCUUGAAUUAAUUUAAUUAAAAAAAAAAAAAAAAGAAGGAACCAAAAGAUCGAAUUCUAUGGAAGCAUGACUCGAACAAGAAUGAAAAUAAAAGAGAGAGAAAGAGAGAGAGAGAGAGGAAAAGAAAAGGGAAUUCUUAUCAAGUGCCUUUGUGUAUUUUUGUAAUUUAAGCUAAAAACUACUCGAUGUAAGUCUUAACCCAAAAAAAAAACAGUGUAACCAUGAAACGAUAUAUCGAUACUGCAAACGCAUGCUCUUAUUAGUUUUUGAUAAUUCGUUGUAAAUCAUACCGUGCUUAUAAACUUUAUAUCUAUUCUUUUUUUUAUCUUUUUCUUCAUUUCCACGAUCGAACCUCCAUGACUCUCGAAAACUCCUACGAGAUUAUAAUUUCGUCCAUUCCCUUUCGGUUAAAAAAAUCUUUACAAAAAGGAGCAUGAAUCUAUCCAUUUUAAUUGGAAUUAUACUUCGCUACUCUCUCUAGAUUGCAUGGAUAACGAGGCUGUAGGAUAAUUUUCCUCUAAAAAAAAAAAAAAAUGAAAGCAUUCUCAUGAAGAUUCUUUGAGAUUCGAGUUUCGAGGAUCGACCGUAGACCUCUCCCUAUUUUCUUCGUUUCCAUAUUUUUUCUUAUCAUUUUCCUUUUUCUUUUUCGUUUCCAUAUUUUUUUUAUCAUUUUUCUUCUUUUUCGUCUCGAUAUUCGAGAGAAUGUAGAUAAUCAAAUCGAAGAGAAAUCUGUAAAUCCAUCUUUCUUGCCAACAAACGGAAAUUCGAUGAACGACUAAUUUAAAUGAAAAUAAGUGAAGAUAAAAACGUCUCUCGUUCGUUAUGACGUGUCGAAAAUACAUAACACGAAUCUCGUUUGGACGAAUAUCUACUUUCAAUUAUGAUACGAUCAUCGAUGUCUACCGAUUAAUUACUAUUCUCAAGGCGAAAUUCAAAUUCGAUGUUACUAUUUAAAAAACGGUAUGAAAAUUAUCAUCGUCGUUCGUUCUUCUUUGCGCGAGUGGUUGUGCGUGACCGUGACAAUACUGCCAAUUCUUCGGCCGAUAGGGGAUUUAUCGAACGACUCGAUUUACGAGGCAAGGAAAAGGCAACGGAGAUGAGAAAGAACCAAUGAGAAUUCUUGGACUCGUUGUAUGUGCGGUGUAUUUUAAUGUAAGGCAACACGCGUCAUCUAGUGGGUAACGAAUGGCUUUAAUCCCGAGAGAUUAUUGUGUAAUUGGGUGAUAAUAAAGAAGUGACAUUCGAAUUGUC